UGCGCAAGGCUAAUAUUUAUUCUCAUCAACUAGAGGAACGAUCAACACUUUCACUACAUUUGUACAUUAUAUGAUUUGGAGACAUUCUCUCAAUUCAGAAGUUUCUCAACUGUCAUUCUCUCAUUGAUCCUCAAACCAAUCAUAGAUAUUGAUGUUUCGCAUUUAUUCACGUUCGUGUAGAUCCAAUCUACUUAAAUGUCCAGUCAUUUUACAACAUUCUCGCCUUCGACAAAUUCAUUGUUCAUCAAGUUUAAGUCUACCUAAAACAUCCAAGUCUUCAGAUAUUUUAACAUCAACUGAUGAGGAUCCUCCAGCCAAGCGAACGCGCCGGAAGACCGUUACUUCCAAAACUGUUGAAGAAACAGAUGCAUCGCUGGUAAAAGCAAAGAAAUCUGAGGGUAGGAAGUCUGUGACCUCGGAAGGUGUUGAAGGAGAAGAUGAGUCGGCUGUAAAACCGGUGAAGCGUAGGCGCAAAAAGCUUGCCAAUGACGAAAGCGUUGAAGGAGAGGAUGCUCCGGCAAUGGAGCCAGUAAAGCGUAGGCGCAAAAAGCUUGUCAAUGAUGCAAGCGUGGAAGGACAGGAUGAGACGGCAGCGAAACCGGUGAAGCGCAGAAGUAAAAAGCUUAUCAAUGACGAAAGCGUUGAAGGAGAGGAUGCUCCGGCAAUGGAGCCAGUAAAGCGUAGGCGCAAAAAGCUUGUCAAUGAUGCGAGCGUGGAAGGACAGGAUGAAACGGCAGCGAAACCGGUGAAGCGCAGAAGUAAAAAGCUUGCUGAAGGAAGCCUUGAAGGAAAAGAUGGAACCGCAGUUGAAAUAGUAAAGCUAAAACAAGAUCGGCCUGAACAAGCGAUUGAUUUUGAGCCAGAAUUUGAAGAGGAAGCAGAAGAAGAACCAGUAAGGAGAAGAUGAAUCUGUGUAAAAAACUGCUGACUGAUGAAUAGGAAGAUGAUGUAGAGGCAAAUAGAGAAGAGUUCAUAAAGAUCUCUCCCGCCCUUAGAACAUACCUCUCAAAAGCUCACCUAGCGGGUUCAGCCAUGGGAGAUAGAACACGUGUAAACAUCCUCAACGAGGCACUGUGUGGUAAGUACCAUUAUUUUCUCUCUAUUGAUUUUCAUUUAUUAAUCUAUUCUAGAUGACAUUAUCGAUCGUUUUGGCUCAUCGCUUUUAAAGCACACUGGCUGCGACAUUAUCGACAUAAAUCCAGGCUUAGGAAUUUGGUCAUCUAAAAUUCACGACUUGCUUAAACCGCGAACACAUCUCCUCAUGGAACCUGAUGCCAAGAAAUAUCUUCCCUAUCUUCAACCACUCCUUGAUGCGGAAGGUUCUACUUAUCGGCACAUACCGAAGUCUGGAACCGUCUGGGAACAUCUCAGGCAUGUUACCACUCCGGAAUUUUUACCACACCAGGUAAAACUUUCACCAGAUGAUCCGAAGAUCAACGAGCCAAACAGUACCCUUCUCGUGAUUGCGAAUCUUGCCCAUCACCCCAGAAAAAAGUAUCGCGGAUUUGAGUCCAUGUCACAACUAGUCAUGUAUCAACUUCUUGCCGCAGCAAGAUCGCAUGCCUUAUUCCAUGAAUAUGGUCUCAUACGUAUGCUGAUAUGGAUUCCUGAUGUAGAGAAAACAUCAUGGUUAACACGUCACAUCGCACAAAUGCGCAAAAAUGCCGUGGAAGCCCAAAUAACCACAAAGUAUAUUCGAGAAAUCGCGAGUUCAACUGUAGACAAUCAUCGAUUUGUGAGAGAUUCUGAGUUUGCAUUGAAUAAGUCGAUAGACGUCGUCCGUAACAUGGAUAAAAUGGGCAUAACAACUCCCAAGCAUAGGCAAGGACCAAUGGAGGUAGCAGCCAGGCAAUCACUUGCUACAGGUGGGCAUCGGGUGAAAAGUGAAGAUUUUGAACGUUUCAGAAGAGGUUGGAUAGAUGAAUAUGAGGAUCUGCAAAGGCGAUGGGACGAGGGAACACUGAAUCAAUAUGAGGAGAAAGCCGUUGAGGAGAACCCAGUUGAGAACGUCAAAAACUCCAAGCCAGGAAAGGAGAAAAGAAACUACACCGAGGAAUAUGCACGUUAUAUCUUUUUGAAAUCAAAGAAACGAGUCAUCAAUAUUCAUGGACUGCUGACGGAACAACUCAUCAAUGAUCACAACAACAUCAACGAGCUCCAUAGUAAAAUCAUGAAAGAAGAUUCGAGUUUGGGGGACAUAGAGAAGUCUAAGCAUGAAAUAAAGGCAAUGAUCAAGACGUAUGAGGAUAAAAUUGCAAAUCUUCCUUUAGCUGCCUUUAAGAUCUAUACUGUCCGACUCGAUGGUGCGCGCAUUCGUAUGGAAUUCGAAAAGAGAGAGGUGGAGCCCCUCAAAGUAUAUGCAAAAGAAUUCAGACCGCACACCGAAUUGUGCCUUUUGGACAUUGAGCCACAAGCUCUUUGGCCUAUCCUCCGUCAAGAUUAUCCCCAGAACUAUGAUGUCUUCGAAUACAUAAUUGGUUCUAUUUUUGCACACCCGGCCGACACAGUCUAUGAAUCUUUGGAGAACUUAUGGCCUGGCGCGCUGGAAUUCAUAGCGGACAAAUGUCCCUCUUUAACCGACCCUUCAAAAGGAGGAUCGUUUGACCUGAAACAUUUGUCGGCGAGAUGCCUGACGACGGAAAUGCUAAAGGAGAUUAUGGAGGCAUGGAUGAAAUGGCCAUUUCGCCCGAGUAGAUUUGAAUUAAUGACUAAAAGUGGAAGUAUGGUCCAUGAUCCAGACAAUCUAGAGGACGAUUUGCUGGAAGGGCCAUGACUAUAUUUCUAUUCAGAAUUCAAUCAAUAUCAAUCUCUCUGACUUGCCUGUUUUUCCUUGAUACCAAGUUGAUGUAUAGCUGGAGUUUGACUCACAUGAAUGUAGACAUUAUAAUAUCUUGCCUCUCAUCAGACAAAUACAAUCGAGCAC